AUGCGCGUCGGAUGUCGUAUAGAUGGCGUUAACAUUAAUAACAUAAGUUACGCUGACGAUAUGGUGCUGCUCAGCCCAACGGUGGGAGGCCUAAGUGAAAUGUUAAAGGCCGCUGGUAAAAGUCACAAUAUUGCAGUUAAUGUUACCCUUAAUGGCAUGAACGUGAAACGAGUCACUAAAUUUAAAUAUCUGGGGCAUAUUAUUACUAGUGACCUCAAGGAUGAUGCUGACAUUGAAAGGGAGCGCAGGGCUCUAGCGGUUAGAGGUAAUAUGUUGGCUCGCAGGUUUUCCCGUUGUACAAAACAAGUUAAGAUUACGCUUUUUAAAGCAUACUGCCAGAGCGUAUACACGGGGAGCCUGUGGGUCAAAUACACCAAAAGAUCGCUUGAAGCCCUGCGCAUCCAAUAUAAUAAUAUAUUCAGGAUGCUGUUGGGACUGCCUCGUUUUUGUAGUGCAUCAGGGAUGUUUGCUGCAUACCAAACAGACGGUUUUAAUGCCAUCAUACGCAAAAAAACCGCAUCCCUUAUUAGCAGGGUACGAGCCAGUCACAACAGCAUUCUGAGUACCGUAACUGAUAGAUAUACAUCGCCGAUGUGGAAAUGUCUUGUGCAGAGACUGAUUACUGGGCCCUAUCCUCCCCCAUGA